GAUUUUCGAACGCAGUUCGAUAGACAGAUGGAAAAAUGUGCAGAAAUGUGGUUGCGAACGCUGUAAUUUCGAGAGAUUAAAAAUAUUCUUGAACGAAAGGAAAAAAAAUAUAAUUUCGACAAAUUGAAGGCACUCUUCAAUUAAAAAAAAAAAAAACGUGCGUACGUAUUUUAUAAUAGGACGAAAAUUUAUAAUUUAGUAAUAUAGAAGAAAAAUGGAGUUUGUGCAUUCUGAUAAGGACGAUUUGAUCGUGAAGAGAAAAGGCGGUGGAAGUAUAAUUGAUCAACGUCCACUGUUUUCCAGUGAUGGAGAAACUCUGUUCAUAGUGUGGAAGAACGUCAUAAGGGUGUACAGUACGCAGACGGGAGAUUUCGUGCGGGAGUUUGAGCCCUUGAAUUACAGAAUUAUUGGAAUAAUAAUACACCCGGAUAAUCCCAAUGUCAUUGUCGGCUGUACGGAAAACGGCGAGCUGGAUUUUUGGAAUUGUCAAAGUGGCAUCAUCACCAAGAAAUUGCAAUUAAACUCUCUGACGGAUAACAAAGUAAAGAUUAAAACUUUUCACAUUACCAAAUAUAAGAUGCCUCAAGGAAAUGAGAUAUCUCAAGCACUAAUAACUUGUCUCUCCAAUUGUGGGAACCAAAUAUAUAUACUUUUAUUUGAUAUAGAAAAUGGAACAUGUAUGAAAUCGAUGAACAUUGUCACAGAUUCAUCAGAAUAUUACAUUGAUAUAAUUGGAAAUCGUGGAGAGAAUUUAAUAGCGCUUUUACAUGAUUCAGAUUUACACAUAUUAAAUCCAGCUAGAAAUUUAGUCGAUAAACUACACAAGACUGGCAAAACAGGUAGAUUACCUACUUGUAUAGCGGGACAUCCGGAAGAAGAGUGUGUUGCGACAGGAGAUUCUACUGGUCGUGUAGUAGUAUGGAGAAAUUUAUUCCAAACCAGACCAUAUACAGCUGUGUUUCAUUGGCAUACAUUGCCAGUUACGGAAAUAGCAUUUAGUAAAUCAGGUGGACACAUGUAUACAGGUGGUGGGGAAUGCGUAUUAGUAAAAUGGACUCUAGCAAAUCCACAACAUAAGUCCUUUCUUCCACGAUUACCGGCGCCUAUUAAACAUCUCACUAUUGCACCUGACAAUUUAUAUGUAGCUGUAUCUACUUUAGACAAUGGUAUUGUUAUUGUAAACCCUCAAAGAAAAUUGACGUCAGUAAUACAAAACUUUACGUGGGGUGUUGCCUCAUCAUCCAAAGACUUAUUUCCCGCGGGACUUAUUGUCGAUCCGAGAACAGGCAGUCUCGUUUUAAAUAGCCGCACUGGACACGUACAAUUUUACAAUACUCAUACAAAAACUUUAUUGUAUAAUAUUAAUAUAACUGCACAAAAUUUUCUCACCCAAGAACGCGAUGUAAUUAUUGUAAAUACAGAAGUUACAAAAAUAGCUCUUAAUUACAAUGGCACGUGGAUGGCAACAGUCGAAGAACGAAAUGAUAAAAUUUCGUCAAUAGAAGUUAGAUUAAAAUUUUGGAUAUAUGAUUUAAACAAACAGAUAUUUAUAUUAAAUACAUCCAUUGAAUUACCUCAUGAGAAUGGAAUAAAUGCGUUAUAUUUUCAACCAAAUACAACAUUUGACGAUGGAGAAUGGUUAGCAGUCACAACUGGGAAGGAUAAUAAAUUUAAAUUGUGGAAUCUAGGAAAAUCCUCCACUGUAGAAAAACAUUGGAAUUGUUAUGGAGUAGGAGACUAUCGUAAUCUACCUACUACAGAUGCUGGUUUUUCAAUGGAUGGUUCUUUAUUAGCUAUUGCUUUUCAUUCUACUCUAACCUUAUGGAUACCUGAAACUUGCGAGUUAAAAUCCAGUCUUACACAUUCUCAAUAUAAUCAUCCAAUAAUACGAAUAGAAUUCGGUAAACACGAAGCCUGUCACCUUGUAGUAGUUGCAUCUCAGCAACACAUAACUGUUUGGAAUAUUUUAACUCUCGCCAUAACGUGGAGUGUACCUUUGAAUGUUGUAAGUCUUACGUAUGACCCAAAAUCCACGUACAUGGCAGCAUUUACAUCUGAUAAUUCAGUGUAUGUAUUUACACCACAAAACUCGACACCCGUUUAUAAGAAAACGUGCCUUAUCGAGAAUACCAGUUUCAUAUUGGCGGCUACUUUUGUACCUCAUCUACAGGAAAAACGCAAUCCUUCAUUUGGUCAAUGGCAACGGAAAUCGCAAUUAUUCUUUUUGGAUUCGAAUCAAGAAUUGCUUACAUUGGAGCCCGAAUCUGAUUCUAUUUCUUUAGAAAUUCUUUCAAAUAAGGGAAUCAUACCGCUGACUGCCUUCUCCAACUUUAUAGCAACUCACACAUCUUCGAGCAAAGAGCAAACUAUCGCACAGGUUCAUGAACAUCUUGGCACAUCGACAAAAGGGAUAUUAGAAGAAUUGCUCAGCGUAUCGGCUCACACUUUGCCGCCGAUAAAAUUGCUGUGUUCGUCAUUUAUCUUGUCGUUGACGGGGCAACAAUCGUUAAGAAACCGUUUACGAAACUCCGAAAGCUUUAGAGACAGUGAUGACAAUUCAGUUCGAGACAAUCUCUCGGAUUUAAGUGAUAACGAUGAGGUAUCACGGCCGACAAAACCCGCAGUUACACCGAUCAAUGAAAACGAGGAUUCCGACGAAUCAAGUGUACAACUCAUCAGUCACGACUGGUCCUUCCUAUCUGCUAUAUUUCCCGAACAAGACAACAUCGUUCACUGAUUUAUACGAAAAUCGUUAUAUUUCUACAUCAUAAACUGAUCAAUUUUUGACACAA